GGCCCCGUCCGCGGCGCCCGAGCCGGACGGCUGCCCCGUGUGCGUGUGGCGGCAGCACAGCCGCGAGCUGCGCCUGGAGAGCAUCAAGUCGCAGAUCCUGAGCAAACUGCGGCUCAAGGAGGCGCCCAACAUCAGCCGCGAGGUGGUGAAGCAGCUGCUGCCCAAGGCGCCGCCGCUGCAGCAGAUCCUGGACCUGCACGACUUCCAGGGCGACGCGCUGCAGCCCGAGGACUUCCUGGAGGAGGACGAGUACCACGCCACCACCGAGACCGUCAUCAGCAUGGCCCAGGAGACGGACCCCGCAGUGCAGACAGAUGGCAGCCCUCUCUGUUGCCAUUUCCACUUCAGCCCCAAGGUGAUGUUCACAAAGGUACUGAAGGCCCAGCUGUGGGUGUACCUUCGGCCCGUGCCCCGCCCAGCCACAGUCUACCUGCAGAUCUUGCGACUGAAACCCCUAACUGGGGAAGGGACUGCAGGGGGAGGGGGUGGAGGCCGGCGUCACAUCCGUAUCCGUUCACUCAAGAUUGAGCUGCACUCGCGCUCCGGCCACUGGCAGAGCAUCGACUUCAAGCAAGUGCUACACAGCUGGUUCCGCCAGCCACAGAGCAACUGGGGCAUCGAGAUCAACGCCUUUGAUCCCAGUGGCACAGACCUGGCUGUCACCUCCUUGGGGCCAGGAGCUGAGGGGCUGCAUCCUUUCAUGGAGCUUCGAGUCCUGGAGAACACCAAGCGGUCCCGGCGGAACCUGGGCCUGGAUUGUGACGAGCACUCCAGCGAGUCCCGCUGCUGCCGAUACCCCCUCACAGUGGACUUCGAGGCUUUCGGCUGGGACUGGAUCAUCGCACCUAAGCGCUACAAGGCCAACUACUGCUCCGGCCAGUGCGAGUACAUGUUCAUGCAGAAGUACCCACACACCCACUUGGUGCAGCAGGCCAAUCCGAGGGGCUCUGCCGGGCCCUGCUGCACCCCUACCAAGAUGUCCCCGAUCAACAUGCUCUACUUCAAUGACAAGCAGCAGAUUAUCUACGGCAAGAUCCCUGGCAUGGUGGUGGAUCGCUGUGGCUGCUCCUAAGGUGGGGGACAGUGGAUGCCGCCCCCACAGACCCUCCCCUGAGACCCCGGCCCUGCCCCUCCCCCCAGGCCCUAGAGCUCCCUCCACCUCUUCCCAUGAACAUCACACCAUGUUCCCUGACCAAGCAGUGUGCAAUACACCCGAGGGAGGCAGGUGGGGGCCGAAGGGGAGGGGCUGGGAGGAAGGGAGAGGCGGGGCACGGUCAGGGUGGAGCGUUUGAGGUUUGUAGGCGAGAAGGUUUGGCAGGGAGACAGAGAGAUGUAGACAGAGGGAUGGAGACAGAGGAACACACAGAGCAGCACUGAGAAGGCAAAGGAAUGGAGAGGCAGAGGAGACAGGCGAGGCAGAGACAAACACUGGGAGAGACCGGCAUGGAGUAAUAAAUGAGCGCCCCGCUCCAAGCCGCCUUCCUUCCACUGGCAAGGUGAGGGGCUUGAGUCUGGGGAGACCCCUGACUACUCAGUAAGAGAGAUCUACCCACUCUCAGCUUCUUCCCGCGCUUCCUCCAGCCGUGGCGGGGAAGGGGAGUGAGGGCAGGGGCAAAGGGUUCGGGAAUCUUAUUUAUUUAUUUAUUGUGACUUUUCAUUUGUUGGUAUUUGGCUUUACUGGACUAGGAGGGCCCCUGCCCACUACGCCCCGUUUGUCCCUUAUUCCCUAAACCCUGCUCCUCCCCCAUGCCCACCCGCUUAAGCACUUGUAUAAAGCCUCCAGGGUUGGGAAUGGGGUAAAGGGCAAGAGGGCUGACACAUGUGAGUUUCUAACCCCUAAGUACCCUAACCAACCUGCGGCCAACUGAACGGCGUGGACGCAGGAACGGGCUAGGGUUUAAGAGCUGGAGAAAGGCGAGUCCUCAACAUCCACGAGCUAUGGAGCUACUAACCCUCAGGCCAGCAUUCUUCAUGGUACUGAUGUACUUAGCCAGAAGGUACAGCCUGCUUAAACCCAAAUUCCCCUCAGCAGAGAGAGACCAAAGAGCCUGUGGAAUGUCCCUGCUCCCAGCCUCUAUCUUCAGGUCAAUGGAAAAAAAAAAAAAAAAAAAGAUCCCAGAGUCCCCCAGGUCUGGGAAGGAUUUGGAGGGGUCAAGAAAGGAGUGGUUAAGUAGGCUGAAGGUUACAGGGCAUCUGAAUCCAAAUCACUGCUCUGGGCUAGGGAAUAGGGCCAACAGACCAAGGUGGAAGGGAUUCUGCAGGGGGACACUGUAGUCCCCCCACCCCAAAGCUCAGGGUAGAAGGAGGGCAAACAAGGGAGCAGAGUGUCUAUAAUUUUUAUUUUUUAUUUUUGGAAUAUAGCAGUAUCUGGCAGCAGGGAGGGAACAGUACAGUGGGGACAGGCAUCUGCAAGGCCGGUUACAGCGGAGGACGGGAAGGACAGACUCCCUGGGUUGGAAGCUAGGAAGCAGCAGACUGACUGCCACUGCAAGUCAUUAGCUGGGCCCACUCAUUCCUCCCACAAUCCCAGCGCACCCUCCUCUGGACUCGCUGGGCCUCAGUUUCUUCCCCUCAAUGGAAAGAGAAAUAGCAGCACCCGCCACAGCCAAGAGAUGAAUUCUGAGCACUUACCACGGGCACUUUAUGGACAUAAAAUACCUCUCGCUGUGGGACCACAUAACCAGGGCACCAGAGCAGUGGUGAAGAGAUUGAGGCUUAGAGGAGUCACAGGCUUCAGAGAAUCCAAGUUCCCUGCUGCCUGCCAGCUGGAGAGUGCCUGAGUUGAGAAUCUCCACACCCUAUCCAUACCUCACCCACGGACCUCUUGGCUCCAGGCUAGAGCCUAGAGGACGUCAGGAGACGGGGCUGAAAACCUGCAGCAAAUUCCCACUCUUAAGUAAAUCCAACAGUGAUGGUCUGGUGGAAACGGUACUGAACUGAAGCAAAGCCCAUGCCGGAGAGCAAACCCGGAAGGCUAGUUCCUCCUAAGGGCGUCUCUCUCCCGCUUGGACCAGACCAUGGAAGGGACAAAGGUACGUGGUCACCUUGGGAAGGUAAUGCUGAGCUUGAGCGUCUUACACCUAUUCUCAUAAUGAGAAAAUGAGACAAGGUGUUUCAGCAGAGGAAUAAGGAGGAGCUGUUACGCUUUCCAACUAACCUCCCGGACAGCAGCUACGCUAACCCAAGCCUCUCCUCUCCAGCCCUGCUCGUCACCCUUCUGCCUCAACGGAGAGUAAGACACCUCACCAUCGAUGCAUUCACAUUUCUUUGGUAGGAGAGGGGCAGGAGAGUGAAGAAAAUGCUUCCCCCAAGAUCAAGUAUCUCUCGAUCUUGGACAGGGUAGGGUUGGGCAGUAGGCAUCAGGUAACUUCCCUCCACAGUCGAGAGCUGGGGCACUACACAACAUACUGCCCCUUUAGACCACCAAAUAAAGACCUUUGCAGGGGAGGAGGAGGAGUUUCUCUUACAAGUGUAAGUCUAGGAGCUGAAGUCUCGGUCCCGUUCAUCCCUAUCCCCAAAGAGCAUGGGAUGAAGGGGCUGGGGGACACAGUCCAGCAACCUGGAGGGAGCACCCCUCCUCCACCUUAUUCGUGUGACCCUGGCGAGCGCCCCUGAGAACAUAUUAUUAGUGUGAUUAUUUCCUUUGUGUAUUUGUUACAUCGUGUGCGUGAUUGCCUUUGUUUGUUAAGGGUGUCUGAGGAAUAUGGGGCUGACAGGGCACUGGAAUGCUGGAAAGGACUUCUUCACUGAAAUCACGGCUUCCUGGGAGGGACCACUGCAAAAAGGCCAUCAGGCAGUUUUCAAGUUAUGUGACAGAGGGCAAAGAUGGCCAGAGGGUGCUCUGAGUUUUGGGAUGGUCACAUGACACAAUCCAGCACUUGAACCUGAAAAAAGAAAAAUAAAAGCAGUCAAAGAGUUUAGAA